AUGGCAGAAGCAUUAUCAGAUGAUGAUAAAUCAGAUUCAAUAGACUCCGUUGUACCAGCUGACAAAGAAGAAGCAACGGAUGACGAUAGUGGUGAGGGUGAUAUUAUUAACUCAGCUAAGAAGAUAAGAGCAUCCGACUUAUCAUAUGAAAAAGUGAACGUCUUCUCUGAUGGCAAAUGUGCUGAAGAGGAGGCUGUUAAUUAUAAUAAUUUCAAAUGGACUUGCUGUAAAAUUAAUGAUACAGAGCAAGGAACCAAAAAAUAUUAUAAAUGCAACUUUAAACGUGGUUCAAAUUGUCCAGCAAAAAUUUAUUUAUUAUUUCAUGCAAACAACUUUGAAGUAACAUUAUUUCAAGCAAUUAUCCAACAUGAUCACACAACAGAAAGCGAACAAAUUGGUAUUCGAAUUGAAUUAAAAAAUGUUAUUGUUAAAUUAUUUCAAAAUGGAUACACUACACCGAAAGCUAUUUUAUCUGAACUUGAUAAAUUGAAAAUAAUACAACCAAAGGCAUCGCAAAUUGCAAGCUUUUUGGCAACUCUUCGCAAGAAAUUAUAUGGUCCAGCUCAAAUUAGUUUAAAUUAUAUUAAAAAUUGGUGUAUUGGAAAAUCUAUUGUUCCAAAUGAUCCUGAUGAAUGUUUUGUCGCUAAUUAUUAUAUCAAAGAUGACGAUGACGAUCCAUUAUUUAGAUUAUUUGUUACAACCAGAAAUUUAAUAAAAAAUUGUUUAAAUUCAAAUCAUAUAUGUGCAGAUGCAACUUAUAAAUUAAUAUGGCAGGGUUAUCCUGUAUUGAUUGUGGGUACUACUGAUAAACAGUGUGCUUUUCAUCCAUUUGGUAUUGCGUUAUGUAUAAAUGAGAAAACUAGUGAUUUUGAGUUUAUGUUUAAAAGUGUCCAAUUAACUGUUGAGAAAUUAUAUAAUAUUAGUUAUUGCCCAAUUAUAUUAGUUGCUGAUGCAUCUGGAGCUAUAACCAAUGGUUUUAUUAAUGUAUUUAAUGUUGUUGAAAAAAGAAUUAUGUGUUGGUUUCAUGUAACGAAAAAUAUUGAUACUCAAUUAAAUGCUAUUAAAGAUAAAAAAAAAUGA